GAUAGUUUAGGAGGUCAAUGUUGCCCUGCUGUAGAAGAUUGUCAAGCAAUUUUGGAUGUAUUGGGGCUAUAUUUAUGGUGUCCAUAUUAUUCUUCAUGAUCUUUAUCUUCAUCUUGUAGUAUAACGCUUUGCUCUGUCCUUUGACCAAGAUUGGAAAGAUUGUUUCUUUUAUCAAAUAUCCACUGUAGUUGCCAGCUGAUUGACCCACUUAGAAAUAGGCGCCAACAGCUGAUUUCAACCGGCUUUUAUUCACCUCCUUGAUUCGUUCGCAAAUCAUCGUUGAAUACUCGGCUGUUUGAUCAAUAUUCCCCCGGAAAUACUCCAAUUGCGGAGGUGUUGAGACACCUUCCGUGUUUGCUGGGCCAUCAUAUCACGCAAUCCCAUCGAGGACAUGCCAUCGCAUCGCGAUGACAGACUUUCUGGAACAGUUGCCCAAGCACAUCAGGGAAAUCGCCCAGCAGGUUAAUGUCUUCGCGCCGGAGGAGGUGCUCACAACCCCGAAGGUACGGUUCUUGGACACUCGCCAACAAUCCCUAUAUACACUCGUGCGGAAAUGCACUCCGGAUGAUGUAAGGGUGCUCAAGGACGCGGCUGCCAAGUGGCUGGCGGAGAUGCCCCAGACAGCUGAUUCCCUCUUCAAGCCUCUUGUAAAUGUGAGAUGGUCUCGGGUGUCCUUUGGCUGUUCUGCCCUGGAUCGUUGUACGGGCGGAGGAGUGGUCACUCGGGGAAUAACCGAACUUUGUGGAGCCGCCGGCGUGGGCAAGACCCAGUUGCUCCUGCAGUUCUCCUUAUGCGUCCAGCUGCCUACUGAGCUGGGUGGAUUAGGCAGGGGUGUGGCCUACAUUUGCACAGAGGACGCCUUUCCGGCGAGGAGGUUGCUGCAGAUGAGCAAGGCCUGCGAGAAGCGACAUCCCCAGGAGAAGCUCAACUUCCUGGGCAACAUCUUUGUGGAACAUCAUUAUGAGACCGAAUCCCUUCUGACUUGCAUAAGACAUCGUCUGCCGCGCCUGAUGCAACAACAUGGCAUUGGCCUGAUCAUAAUCGACUCUGUGGCCGCCUCAUUCCGGCUGUACACCGACUUCAUGGAGCGGGCCCGGCAGAUGCGACGGCUGGCCGAUGCGCUUCUCAGCUAUGCGGAUAAGUACAACUGCGCCGUGGUCUGUGUGAAUCAGGUGGCCUCCAGUGGUGGCCAGGACGAGGUUCCCUGUCUGGGAUUACAGUGGGCACACUUGGGACGCACCCGCCUGCGAGUUUCACGGGUGCCCAAGCAGCAUCGGAUGGCAGAUCAACUGAUCACGGUCCGCAAACUGGAGAUUCUCUACUCGCCAGAGACCCCAAAUGAUUUCGCCGAGUUCCUCAUCACCGAGGACGGCGUGGUGGACGUUCCAGAGCCAGCCAUGACCCGCCCCCCUGCAAAAAUGCGUCGACUGUGAUCGGUUGAAUUUAAUCUGUUUAUUUUGUUUUCAUUUAAUUUGUUGAAUUUAAAAUGUGUAACGGCGGAGCGUUCUAUCGACCAAACUGUAGUUUAAUAUUCCUAUUAAACUUAGCGGAAGCUUAAGAAUAUUUAUCAUAUAAUAUUUUGUUUACUUUUUACGUUUGCUUUUUAAAUUGUUAAUAUACAUCCCAAGCAUCAAGGUUGGAAAAGAUAUAUAUUGCUUCAAAACAAUCAAGUUUAAGCAUUUUCUCUGAUAAAAUUCCGCUAAAUUUAAAUAGGAAUUUAAACCACUUCGCGGCUUUUAUCAUCUAAUUUGUUGCCAUAGUUCCUUUUUUGUACAAACACUCAAUAAAUAUGUUUCAUUCAAUUGCAAUUUACAGGGUAGCAGAGCUUACAGGCUUACGUACAAUAUAGUUCAUAGUUCAAGUAGUAAAAUCAAUUUUGUAAUCGCCUCGUAUACAUUAUCACAUGAAAUUCUCGAAAGUUCAGAUUACAAUAUGCCAUAGUUUACGCGGACAUUUAAAUGCGACAUUUACAAAAGCCUAGCCUUAGCGUUUAAGUAUAUUAAAUAAAUUAAAUACAAGCCUAAGGGUGAACGGAUUACGCGACAGUUAAAUUACAA